AUGGCCACAGUUGAUGAUGAUGAUGAAGAUGCUGAUGAUGAAAAUGCUCAUGAUGAAGAUGCUAAUGAUGGAGAUGCUGAUGAUGAAGAAGCUGAUGAUGAAGAUGCUGAUGAUGAAGAUGCUGAUAAUGAAGAUGCUGAUGGUGAAGAUGCUGAUGAUGAAGAUGCUAAUGAUGGAGAUGCUGAUGAUGAAUAUGCUGAUGAUGAAGAUGCUGAUGAUGAAGAUGCUGAUGAUGAAAAUGCUCAUGAUGAAGAUGCUAAUGAUGGAGAUGCUGAUGAUGAAGAUGCUGAUGAAGAAGAUGCUGAUAAUGAAGAUGCUGAUGGUGAAGAAGCUGAUGAUGAAGAUGCUGAUGAUGAAGAUAUGAUGUAG